CGUAGUACAGGACGACAAUCAAUGCAUUCCUUUUAUUGCCCAGCUUCUUUUUAUUUCAUUUCCUCACUAGCAAGCCUUUCCUUUCACCUUCCUCUCUUUCAAUCAUGAUGGCCACGAGUAGGCCGUAUUACCAACCAUCGUCACCCUUUUCCUUGCACCAUUCAUCGCCGCUGGAAACACUGGGCAGGUCCACGACACGCCAGAAUAUACCGCCGCCAGUCAGGCUUCCCCCAGCCCAUUCUUCGAACAGUUCCGGGCUGAACCCCCAGUUCACAUAUCCUGCUCAGAGCUCUUCAAGCUCCGGUAACCACCUAACGACCCCCCCAAGACAGCAGCCGCAGCAGCACUCCGGCCAUCACCUCACCCCUUCUUCACCUCUUCUCCACAGCCAUUUCUCUCGCGGCUCUACAGCGACGAGAUCGUCCAAAGACGACAACUCGUACCUCGAUCUUUCGGGUGACUCAUCGCAGGUGUAUCACGACGAUUACCACUAUUACGAUCAGGAAAGCAUCUACUCUUCUGCCCCAGCCAUUCGCGACUCAUGGGAAUCCCAUGGCACCUCUCCUCACAAGCACCUCGCAAACGACUAUGUCGUCGACAGCGAAAUAUACGACGCCUAUGCUGCGGACCCAGACUCCCCCGUUCCGACCGUCUUCGUGUCCCCAGUGUCAGACGAACCCAGUCGCCUCGUAGGCAAGGCUCCGAUCCUUCGCUCCGCAGUAACCAACAAUUACUCAAGACCUGUCCGCCCUUCCCUCCCCUCGGAACAGUCCCCAGCUGAGCUGGAGGACCGGAAACGAAAGGUCCUUGAACGGAACGGGCGGAGUACAACUUCGUCUCCCACAUCUAGCUAUCAAUGCCCUUCACCAUCUCACUUCCCUGUACCACCGCGGGGUUUGGAGCAUUUCCAGAAUAAUCAUCGUUCACCUUUGCCUCAGCCAGGAUCACGUUCGCCAAGCCCGACAGACACAAUUCAUGGCCCUGCAGCGCCUUCCACCCCAAGCCCCAACUUGCUUUCUGUACACCGCCCAGAAGCCAUCGCGCUCCCCCGUAAACCGCCAUCUGUACGCGUAGACUCUCCAGCAAGUUUGUACUCCACAUACUCGUUCUACCAGCUCGACAACGGCAGCUCAAGUCCUUCACCCUCAUCACCCCACUUCCCACCUGGAACUCAAUCAUCACAGCCUCACUUCGUGUCUCAGCCGACCAGCCAAAACCAAAUACCCCCUCCACCACAUCCGAAUGUGCCCACGACCCCAGCUGAUUACCUCCAAUUCGGUAUAACGCACCACGAGGCGAACAGACUGACCGAAUCCGCCUCGUGCUUUGAGAAGAGCGCUACGGUCAACGGGGGGUGUGGAGUGGGGAUGCUUUUGUGGGGUCUGACACUUCGGCAUGGAUGGGGAUGUCCGAAAAACGAGAAGACGGGGUUCAGUUGGUUAAGGAAGGCAGCCGAGUUUGCACUAGGCGACCUCGAGCGACAGCAAAGCAUGAAUGGGAAAGAAGAAAUGAAGGACGAGCUGGUCCUUGCGAUAUACGAAGUAGGGCAAUGUUUCUUUCAUGGUUGGGGAGUGGCCAAGGACCAGAAGAUGGCUGUGAGCUAUUACACAACUGCUGCGCGGCUGGGGGAUCCUGAUGCUCAGAGUGACUUGGCCUUUUGUUUGGCGAACGGGAAGGGGUGUAAGAAGGACAGGAAGGAGGCUGCGAGGUGGUAUAGGAAGGCUGUUGCCCAAGGACAGAGCGAUAUCGGUCUAGCAUGGAUUUACAAGAAAAAGUUUCAGUAGAGCUGCUAACUAUAUCAUUAUUAUAUGUAUGCACCCUUGAACAUUCCCUUUCCUUUAUGUUUUCUUGCUGCAAUGUAACAUUUCUAUGCAUGGAUACUAUAUACACCUUCAUGUUUGCGCAAACGUCGAUAAAUAUAGUUCAAUCGCCAGAAGAACCUUUGCC